UUCAUACCGGACUAGACGCUCCUUUUGUCGGAUUCGUUUCGAGCUGACUCCCCGGGGUUUACGGCUGAAAAAAACACACUUUGAAAGUCCCGAAAUAAUCCAAACGACCACAGUGGUGUGCAGUAUUAAACCAGGUUUCUGUCUCAAUCGGCAGAGGAGUGAGGCGAGUCCUCUCCGUCACUCGCUGCAUGAUGAACGGCAGCGGCAGCGUCUCUGCGGCUCAGAGCGCCAGGAUCAAGAGUGAACCAGAUGAUUGGACGAAGGAGGACUGUCUGAUGCUGCUGGAGAGGAUCAGGACUCAGCUGCCCGACACCGACGCCAUGAAGUAUAAAACCACCGAGUCGCACUUCGACUGGGACAAGGUCGGCUUCGGCAGCUUCACCGGAGAAAUGUGCCGCCAGAAAUCAAAAGUCUCCUCUGAUGUCCGUAAGUACAGAACGAUGACCGAGCUCAUCGUUGAUGCCACUGAGUUCGUGAAGAAUCCGUACAAAGGAAAGAAACUGAAGACUCAUCCAGAUUUCCCUAAAAAACCUCUGACUCCGUACUUCCGCUUCUUCAUGGAGAAGAGAGCCAAAUACGCCAAAAUCCACCCAGAGAUGAGCAACCUGGACCUGACCAAGAUCCUGUCCAAGAAGUACAAGGAGCUGCCUGACAAGAAGAAGCAAAAGUACAUCACAGAGUUCCAGCGGGAGAAAGAAGAGUUUGAGAAGAACAUGGCUCGAUUCAAGGAGGACCAUCCGGAGCUGAUAGAAGAGAGGAAGAAGUCUGACCUGCCGGAGAAACCGAAAACCCCCCAACAGCUGUGGUACAACCACGAGAAGAAGACCUACAUGAAGCUCCACCCUGAUGUGAGUCAGAAGGAGCUGAAGGAGGCUCUGAGGAGACAGUGGUCCCAGCUGUCAGACAAGAGGAGACUCAAAUGGAUCAGCAAAGCUCUGGAGCUGCAGAAAGACUACGAGGGCAGUAUGAGAGCCUACCAUGAGGCCCAUCCUGACGUGUCCUCUGAUGACCCGGUCCGGUCCGUCCUCACUAAAGCAGAGAGACAGCUCAAGGACAAGUUUGAUGGACGGCCAACCAAACCCCCACCUAAUGGGUACUCUCUGUACUGCGCGGAGCUGAUGGUGAACAUGAAGGAUGUACCCAGUACUGAGAGGAUGGUACUCUGCAGUAAACAGUGGAAGAUGAUGACGCAGAAAGAGAAGGACAUGUUCCAGAAACGCUGCGAGCAGAGGAAGAAGCAGUACGACAUCGACCUGCAGAGGUUUCUGGAGAGUCUCCCGGACGAGGAACGAGGCCGAGUCAUGGGGGAGGAGAAACUGGGCGGGGCCAAACUGGGCGCCAGCCCCCACAGAGCCAAGUCUCCUUCUGUCAAGGAGCGGUGUCGGGAGGCGGAGCCUGAGACGUGGUCGCCCGCUGGACCGCCCAAAGACAGACGGGACGGCAAGAAGACGCCGAAGCUCCCGGAGACGCCGAAAACAGCCGAGGAGAUGUGGCAACACAGCGUGAUGGGAGACUACCUGGCUAAAUACAGGAGCGACCGGAGGAAGGCCCAGGCAGCGAUGGAGGCGGCCUGGAAGUCGAUGGAGAAGAAGGAGAAGAUCCCGUGGAUCAAGAAGGCAGCGGAGGACCAGAAGCGUUACGAGGUUCAGUACCAACCUGUG